AUGAAUUUCGAUCCAGCUAUGGAAGAGGCCGAGAGAUACCUCAAACAGAGCCAAGGAUGGGCUCCAGUACACAUUGGUAAAGACUGGGUUGCCGUCAAGCGUCUGGGUGAAGGUUCUUAUGGUAUAGCUACCCUGUUUGAAUAUCGAGGAAAUAACCCAGAUGUAUCGCCGCGGAGGUUAGUGGUUAAACAGGAAGGAGGCGCAGGUUUGAAUUUGAAACAGGAGAGUAGGAUGAUGCAAAGUCUUAUGAAGUACGACAGUGACCAUAUCGUCAAGAUAUACAAGGCUUAUCAUCGGACUAUGGGCACGGGGACAAACGACGAGAAGGACCGGGCUAUUGUGGAUUAUGCGAAUUGGCUGGAUACUGACAAGAAGCGCGACGCCAAUAUUAAGGUACAACUCAGGCGAAAAUAUGAUGUCGCAAGAAUUUAUAUAGAAUUUGCAUCUGGAGGGGACCUAGGAAGCUGGAUGAACGAAAACUGCGAGUACCAGCACCCUCCAGAGGAAUAUAUUUUUAGAAUAUGGGAAUGUUUGUUGAAGGCACUGAUGGUUUUGAAAUAUGGGACAGAGAAUCCAAAUGACACAAUCUUUGAAAAAGCGCCAAAGGAUCGUCAGCAUCAACCAAUUGCGCAUUUUGAUAUCAAGGGGCCAAAUAGUAAGUUGCUCCUACAAGCAGAGCUCGCUUGCCAGCAACGUGCAUUGCAAAUAUACAGAACCUCUGUCAGAGGACUGAAUGCUAAAUAUUUUUUCAACAGAAUCGGUGAUAAUCCUCGACCAGGCCAUGAACGUAUAUCAGUUCACAAGCUUGCUGACUUCGGGCUCGCACUUGAAGUUCCUGACGCUGAAGAAUUGAAAAGAAAUGGUGUCAAACGACGAGCAUGGCUCAAGAUAGCUCAAGGACGCAACACCUAUCAUGCACCUGAGCAAUAUGCGGUCAGCAACCCAAACCGCGUAAUAGGCACCUCAACCGACCUGUGGAAUGUCGCUAAUGUUAUUUACCAAUGCCUAGUAAAUAACAAUCCUGUGCCCGACAAUGAGAUCUUCGAGACGGGAGUCGACCCCGACCCCCAUAUAACAUUCUCAACCAUGGGCAGAUAUCUCUUGCAUCCCGAACUAGAAGUUUAUAGUAGGAGAUUUAGGGGUUUGAUCUUAAAGUCUUUAGCACUUCACCCCGGAGCACGUCCGGAUGUACGGGAUUUACUAGUACAGGUACAAGAAUCUGUAGAUUUUUGGAAUUUUGGCGAUAGCCAUGACUUGUUUUUGGAAGGCAUUUAUGGGGGGGAAUAUGGGUGGGAUGAAAAAUAUCCCGACGCUAUUCGGGGAUCAAAAAAAGAUGAAGGUAUGCAGGUGAUCAGGUUGCAAAGGGAGAGGCGUCCACGAAGACCAGACUACAGUAAUCCAAGGUGGUGGAAACCGGCCGAAGAUGAAUAUGAUUAUGAUGAUUCUGAUCUUUUGUUUCCGACUCGCAAGGCGCUUCAAAUGGGGUAUAGAGAAAUGCCGUUCGAAUUGGGAGAACCGAUACGCAACCCGGCAUUCCCUAAUUGGAGAGCAGUCGGACCAGAUGGAAAGCCGGUGCAAGAUCCUGUAGCGCCAGACUUUGAUGAUCCACAAGAUGACCCUGAGGAUGAUGCAGAAGAUGAUCUAGUCGAUCCAGGAUACUAUCCGAAAGGAGGAGAUCAACGCGCCUACAACCAGGGAAAAGGAAAAAGAAAAUUAGAACCAAUAUUCGAAAGGGCCUUGGCCAUCGAGCGAGGCGUCCAAAGAAUGCGCACACCCGAAGAACAAGAAGCUGGUCCCUGGAUAAAGACCCCUGCUCCUGUCAAUAUCGCCCCACAGAGACGACCUGGAGGCAUACCCCGAAAACCCAAACGCCGAAAAGUCCCACGUAAACGUAAACAACUUCGUGUGGCGCCUUACCGCGAUGCAAAGAGACAGCGAAUAGAGGAACCUAACUCUCCCAAGUUUUAUGGAAAGGAAUAUAGAAUCAAUACUGCGGGGAAACUGAUGGUUCGGCGUGCGGGACCUUCGCCUGGAACGGGAGAAGUGGAGGUGGAGAGGAGCACGCCGUGGGCUUUGAAUCGACCAAGUCCGAAAAAGCCUGUGGUUAGAAGGGAACAAGAUAACUAUGAUAACUGGUAUAAUGAGGCUUGA